UUUAAUAAUGGAAGGUCUCGACACAGAAGUCGUAGUAUUGUUCUCAAUUACAACAAUAACUGUCUUUCUAGUAGUUUACUUGUUGAUCGAUAAGGGAAUUCUAGGUUUGAAAAAGCUUGGAGGGUACCAUCAGAAUCAAAACAGAGCAUUAAAUGACCAAAAUCAGAUAGAGAGGCAGCAAAAUAUUGAUUUCAGAGACCAAGAUUGCCUUAUUUGACUCACCGAAGUUGUGCAUAGAAUAAUCCUACCUUGUGGACACAACUUCUGUGGACAGUGAAUUAUGAAUAUUCACGUCCAUAAUGGAAAAAUUGAUUGACCUAUCUGAAGAAAAUCUGUGAAUAACAUAUACAUAGAAUUCGAUCGAAGUAAAGAUCCUGAACUCUUUGAUGAAAUUCAGACGUAUAACGAGGAAUACGAAAGGCUGGGCUAUUUUAGAAUACCAAUCAGACAAGCUCAAAGAUACAUAAGAGAUAGAUUUGGGUUUCAUCUUAGCUUCACCACAACAACAGUCAUCAUUAUCAUACUUCUCAUCCCCUUAAUGAUAGUGAUCCCAUUACUCAUGGCCUUCUUGUUCAUAACUGCUAAAAGUAUUGGACUUCAAAGAACAAUCAUCAUAAUUUCAAAAAUGUAUCACUUUCUUUAA